GGGCAGACAAGGAGAGACGGAGGGAAGAUCUUGCUGGACCAAGGAGUGGCUGCUUAAGCGGCCUACUCACUCCUACAUGCCCCUCCUGGAUGAGAUCAGGGACAACAACCCGGAUGACUACCGCAACUUCCUGCGCAUGACUGAUGACACCUUCCAGGAGUUGCUGCGUCUGGUGAUCCCCCUCAUACAGAAGCGGGAUACCAAAUGGCGGGUUCCUAUCCCUGCUGAUGAGAGGCUCGUGGCUACCCUGCGGUUCCUUGCAACUGGACAGUUAUUAGAGGACCUGAAGUAUGGGACCCGUAUCUCUGCGCAGGCUUUGGGACACAUCAUACCUGAAACCUGCAAGGCUAUCAUCAAAGUGCUUCAGUAUAAGUACUGCAAUUUCCCUACAAGCGUGGCAGAAUGGCAAGCUAUUGUAGAGGACUUUGAGAGGCGCUGGAAUUACCCAAACUGUGGUGGUGCAAUAGACGGGAAACAGGUGCGCAUCACCAAACCCACCAACAGCGGGUCAGACUACUACAAUUACAAGGGCUACUUUAGCAUUGUUCUCAUGGCGGUGGUCAAUGCAAACUAUGAGUUUAUUUUCCUGGAUGUUGAGAAAAAUGGUCGUUGCUCGGAUGGUGGAUCUUUGAAAAAUACGCGCUUCUAUGAUAGGCUUACGACCAACUCCAAUCAUCUGCCGCCUGUGGAGCAAACAAAGCAUGGCCUGGGAUUUGUGUUCGUGGCAGAUGAGGCCUUCGCACUGCUCGAACACAUUAUGAAGCCCUACCCGCAAAGAGUUCUGAACCACGAUAGGCGCAUUUUCAACUACCGCCUUUCUAGGGCCCGCAGGGUUGUUGAGAAUGCAUUUGGCAUUCUCAGCAACCAGUUCCGGAUCUUCCACAAACCCAUUAACAUGAGGCUGGACUAAAUUGACUGUGUAGUAACAGCAUGUUGUAUACUACACAACAUGCUCCGUCGCAAGGCCACGAGGCAAAUGCCUUUGCUCCCAGCCGGACCGAAAGAUCCCAACCAGCCUGUGGUGACAGCGCCAAUUUCCUCCUUGGUACCACCUGCAGCAACUAUACGCGGCACUGCAAGGGCAAAAGAGGUCAGGGAAAAAUAUAAUGCCUUCUUCAAUGGGGAGGGAGUUGUGGCAUGGCAGGAGGAAUGUAUUAGGUAAAACAAUUUAAAAGGCAACUUACCCCUUUGGUCUCCUCCACGUCCAGAAUUCCCUCCUCGGACUCGGCCAUCACCACCAUGGACUCCUUAGCAGACUUUUUCUCCAGGAGGAAGUUGAGAUCUUUAAAGUACCACAGCUGCGGCACAUACACCUUCUCUGCACCGGCCCCUGACCUCUUGGACUCCUCCACCUUGUGAUUUUCUUUCACAAAUACUGUUUGAAGAUUGUCGAUCUUCUUUCGGACCCAGGCCACCGAGGCAGCAGAGAAGGUGGGCUUGGAGUACUCCACCAUGUGCGUAUAAGCAGCCUCCCUCUUCUGCUUGUUGCUGUAGUCCGGUGAGGAUGUCAGCCACAGACACUGCUCCUCGCGGUACAGGCUGAUGAAGCCGGAAAGAAAAUCGCGGUUCUCAUAGGACAUCUGCAGAAUGUAAAA